AUGCCCUCGAUCUUGAACGACGAAGACAAGGACACCGUAAAGCGGUUCGUUCCCAAACAGUCAAACAAAAUUCAGGCUGUGGCAGUGGCCCGGUUAUACGUGGCGUAUCCGAAUCGCUCGAAAUGGACGUACACUGGUCUCCAAGGAGCCGUGGUGUUGGCUAACGACUUGGUUGGACACACCUACUGGUUGAAGAUGGUGGACAUAUCGCCCUCCGGGCGCGGAGUCAUCUGGGACCAGGAAAUAUUCGAUACAUGGCUCUACAAUCAGGACCGGACCUUCUUCCACACCUUUGAAUUGGAGGAGUGCCUCGCAGGACUGAGCUUCGUGGACGAGAAGGAGGCAAAGCAAUUCAAGAAGAAGAUGGACGAACGCGAGAAGAAUGCAAGUCGCGCGACGAGAUCUCAACCCUUCGGAGGCGGCUCGCAGCCGACUCACAAGCACAGCCUGUUGGGUGGGCUGUUCCAUCGACAUUCGUCUGCCCCCUCGCCGCCACAAGCUACCCAAGCGAACCUUCCUCCACCGCCAAUGCACCCGACGAUAUCUUCUCUGAGUCUGAAUGGUGGCCCGCCGCCCUCCGAGUUUGCGUUGCUGGAUGCCUUCGACCCGCUCUGGCGCGAGCAUUUCGGACAAGACCUGCAAGACAAAGGAUUGACUGACGAUUUUAUUCGUGACAAUCAGGAGUUCAUUGUGGACUUCCUGAGGGAAGAGCAAGCAAAGACGGGUUCUCAAACAGCACCACCUCCUGGACCGCCGGCACCCCCUCCUGCACCCCCUACCAAUGGUCACGAUUCGCGAGCCGGACGGGCACCACCCCCUCCUCCUCCCGCCGCCGCCUCGAGCACACCGUCGCCGUCUUCAUCGAUACGAGACCGAAGCGGGGCCCAGACCGGCGGCGGCAGCGAUACUGGGCCUCAUGGCAGUGGCUUACCUCCCGCUGGUGCUACUCCUGGUGCUGGCGGAGGUGGCAUGGCCGACGCCUUGGCUGCAGCUUUGCAGAAGAGAAAGGAGAAAGUUAGCAAGAGUGACGAUGAAGACGAUGACGACGAGUGGUAG